AUGGGUUGUUUAUAGUCUAGAAAUCAGUAACUUAUAGAAGAGUAAAAAGAAUAAGCUGCUAUGAAUGAAUAAGAUAAGAGUAUAGAUUAUUAAUCUAUUUAAUAGAUAACAAUUUAGAUUUAGUAAGUUGUCCAUGCUCAGAUAGUAAUAAUAGUUAAAACAAAUCUACAAAUAGAGUAUCAAUUGAAGAAUGUAGAAAUUCAUUUAAUCGAAGUAUUGAUCUAAUGUAAGAUAUCAAUAAAAAAUUGGAAGCAUUUUCAGGAAAUGAUUCUGAUCUAUCAGAUAGUGAAUUAUAAUGA